CUUGGGAGCUGAGAGAUGGGGGCGCCGCUUCUGGAGGAAGCGCGUUGUUGUUUUUGUCUCCACCGUGAACCUCAUCUCUUCUCCUCCUCCUCCUCUUCCUCCUCCUCCUCCUGCUGCUUCUCCUGCUGCAGCUGCGCUCACGGCUCAGCUCCUCUGUUCUUCUAACGGCGACGGACCGCAGGAAUCAGCGGGACUAUGUGAGCACCAUGCUCGCUGUGAGAUGCCUGCUGUUGGCUGCAGCGUGUGCUCCCUGGGUCCACGCUGUUGCCGCUGCCGCGUCAGGUCUGCAGGAUGAGCUCCCUCCAGAGGAGGAGGUCGUUCAGCCGAAGCGGCUCCUGCAUCAGAUCCACACGCACGAGGAGCUGCUCCACGGCCACCUAGACACCAGGGUCAGAGAAUUUUCUGCUGGAGCACAGCCUGUCCAUCUGGCCCAGUGCAGCUUUCUAGUGGAGGCUUUUAACACUUCCUUCAUCCUCGACCUUGAACUCAACCAUGGUCUCCUGUCUACAGACUAUGUUGAGCGGCACUAUGAGGAGGACGGGCAGCUAUCUGAGAUUAUGGGGGGAGAGCACUGUUACUACCACGGGCAAGUACGGGGUCUGCCCGGCUCCUGGGCUGCGCUGUCCACCUGCCACUGCCUACGGGGAAUGUUUUCUGACGGGAACUACUCCUACGUGAUUGAACCUGUUCACUGUGAAAACGAGACUAAUGACCACAUUGUACAUCGCAUGCCAGGAGUUGUUCUCUACCAGCCUCCAUGUCCAGGGUGUUCCAUGAACAGCACACGACCCGAGGGUCAGCCAGAUGGCCACGGUGAAGGAGACGGAGAGGGGAAUGAAGGAGAUGUCUGGUCGGAAAUUGUCACAGGUCCACUGAGACGCUCAAAAAGACAAGUCCGACGAGGUCAGCGCACAGUCCAGACUGAGACCAAGUACAUCGAGCUGAUGGUGGUGAAUGACCAUGAACUGUUUGUGCAGCUUCGUCGUUCAACCACACAGACAAAGAACUUUGCCAAAGCAGUGGUAAACAUGGCUGACGCAAUCUAUAAGGAGCAGCUCAACACUCGCAUAGUCCUGGUCGCCAUGGAAACCUGGUCGUCUGAGAACAGGAUCUCCGUCGGCGACGACGCGCUCCUCACGCUGCGGGACUUCAUGAAGUACAGGAGGGAGAGCAUGAAGGAGCGCUGCGAUGCUGUGCACCUCUUCUCCGGUAGGACGUUCAUGAGCAGCCGCAGUGAGGCGGCCUACAUCGGUGGCAUCUGCUCGCUCACCAGGGGGGGAGGCAUCAAUGAGUUCGGCAGUGUCGGCCCGAUGGCCAUCACGUUGUGUCAAAGUCUUGGUCAGAACAUUGGCAUGUUGAGGAACAAAGAACGACCAGCUGCAGGAGACUGCAGGUGUCCAGACCCGUGGCUCGGCUGCAUCAUGGAAGAUACUGGCUACUACCUGCCACGAAAGUUUUCCCGCUGCAGUAUAGACGAGUACCUGCGCUUCCUCCAGCAGGGGGGAGGCAGCUGCCUCUUCAACAAACCCAGCAAGCUCUUAGAUCCACCGGAGUGUGGUAAUGGCUAUGUGGAGCUGGGAGAGGAGUGUGACUGUGGAUCACUGAUAGAAUGUGCAAGGAAUGGAGCUAACUGCUGCAAGAAGUGUACACUUACCCACAAUGCCAUGUGUAGCAACGGGCUUUGCUGCAGGGACUGCAAGUACGAGCUGCGAGGGGUGACGUGUCGUGAAACUGUCAACGACUGUGACAUUGCUGAGACCUGCACAGGAGACUCCAGCCAGUGUCCUCAUAAUGUCCACAAACUGGACGGCUACAUGUGCGAGGCCGGUCAGGGUCGUUGUUACGGAGGACGCUGUAAGACCAGAGAUGGCCAGUGCAUGACGCUAUGGGGCUACAACUCGGCUGACAGGUUCUGCUACGAGAAGCUGAACUCUGAGGGUACGGAGAAGGGAAACUGCGGCGCCGAAGUCUCUGGUCAGGGAUGGAUGCCGUGCAGCAAGCAAGACGUCUUGUGUGGUCUGCUGCUCUGUACGAACAUGACUGAAAGGCCGAGGUUUGGCGAGCUACAGGGGAAGCUCACGAGUCUGACCAUCCACCAUCAGAACCGAUAUCUGGACUGCACGGGAGGUCAUGCCGUGCUCGAUGAUGGUUUGGACCUGGGUUACGUAGAGGAUGGGACUCCCUGCGGGCCAAACAUGAUGUGCCUGGAGCGCCGAUGCCUCCCUGUGACCACCUUCAACCUCAGCAUCUGUCCGGGUUCCUCCACCUCACGGAUCUGUUCCCAUCACGGAACGUGCAGUAACGAGGUGAAGUGUAUCUGUGAUCCAGACUAUACUGGGAAAGACUGUAGUGUCUUUGACCCCAUCCCCAUUCCCACCCCACCAGAGGGACCGGAGAAAUACAAAGAAACAUCCGAAGAGGAAGAUCUUCAGGAGUUUGACUCGAAUCUCUCUGCUGUCCUCUCUUCCUUACACUGUGUCCUGUCCACUCGACAAAAACAUCGUCUUCCGCCUGCUGUUUUUCUCCCUGUUUGUAUUUUUAUCUUCAAGCGGUCAGUCCAUUGUUCAUUUUUAUCCCCUUUGUUUUCUCUUGCUGAACUCUGAGCCUUGAACUAAAGAGUCGUAAGUUUGAAUUCUCCUUUUCCUGCCACUAGUUGACUGUUAUUGUGCUUUUCCCUGAAAGAGGUCCUUAUUUUAUUUUAUUCAUGAAUAACCAAGCUCCACUUUGCAAUUAGAAUAAUGGAACCGUCAUUUUACUUUGCAAUUUAUAUUAAGAUUUAGUCAAGAUCUAAAAACAACGGUUAAAACAUCCUAUAAUAAAUAGAUAAUGUAAUUAUUUACUUCAUUAUUUUGUUUAAAUUUAGAAGUAAAUCUUGUAAACUGUUAUUUUUUUUUAUCAAAACAACUUUUAAUGAGCAUUUUCAAUAACUCUCUCACCUCUCUCUCUGAGUGUGUCAGUAAUACUGCAAUAGAUACCUAAACAUUAUGAUUAAUAGUAGCGAACACUCGACUGUUGAUUCCUUCUGGUAAAUGUGUGCUGUAGGAACAUACACUUCACAGUACUAACCACUGACUCGCCACUUUUUGCUAUCUUUUACUGUCCAUCCUGGUCUGAACCUCUGCUUUAACAUAGUAUGCAUAAAUGUAUGAAUGUUUAAUAGGAAUCUUGUUCUGGCUGGAUCUCACUGCGGACAAUAUCACAGCACCUUGUGUUAAACCUCAGCUGGAACACACUGAAUGUUUAUAUCCUGCUGUGCGGUGUGUACGCACAACCCUUUCAACAUGAGUUCCACACGGGUGCUGACGUACUGUACAUAAUGUAUAAUGUAAGAUUGUCUCAUUUACAACAGGAACCAGUGACUCACCACUGCUUUAGAUGGAAGCACAAAAAGCACUUCCUGCCUCUAAACUGUAACCACUCUGUUAGAGGUUUAAGAUAGGACAGAGCUCUGAGCGUCUGUGACUAUUGGAAUAUAUUUACAGACAAAGGAACACAAUGCAGUGUGAUGAAACUACAGUAUAUGUGAGAGGUUUCAAAAGUAACUGCAUGUGAAUGGCGUCCCUUCAGUUAGUGGUUCCAAAAAAUGGGUUCAAAUUGAGAAUGACUUCCAUUCAUAAUUUCUAUUCAGUAGUUUCUAAUAAUGCUUUACCUAUUUUUUUUUAACUAAAUGGGAUUUUAUUUUAUAAAUUUAACAUCAUGUUCUUUUGAAGAAGACUGGAACCAUAAACUUCUUAAGUAAAUGUGUGAUAUUAAAAUUAAAAAUUUGACUCUCACAAGUAACUUCCGAGGCUUAAAUCAAGGGUAACUAAUUAGCAAGUGAGUAGCAACAUUUUUCUCUUAAGUAAAAGUUUAGAGACUUUACUGUAUUUGCAUCACUGUUGUAUCAGAAUUGAUCUAUGGAGUAUAAUGUUGGGCUUUAGGGGUUUAGACUGACACCUUAUAUAGCUUGUUUCAAUCAACACAGUAGCACAGACAGUAUCACAGGAUAUAACCCAAACUACACUGCCAGACCAGCUCUAGUAGCAUAAAGGACCAUUUUGUCACAUUAACAUGAAAUUAACCACCUUGCAUCUCUUUACUGCAGCUCUUUGCUCAGAAAUCAACAUUCCUAGUUAGAACACUGGAGGUACAGUAGGACAACAUUUAAAAAAUCAUUCCGUGUCUGCCACAUGUCCCUUUAAUUCUAAUGAGCGAUAUAUAUAUGUUUGUGAACACAGUAGGAAAGCCUAAAAAUACUCAUGGAGUGUCUGGGACGAAAGCUCAGGUUCUACUGUGUUCAUGAUUGCUUAUCAACAGACUUUUGUAACACACAAUACAAUAUGGAUGUCAGCAUUGUCCAGUCUAUAAACAGUGUUAGCUUUAAAUACUUAUAUCACUGUACAAUAAUGAUAUAUAUAUUAAAGCCUACCUGAUUACCAAGAGAUCUGUUUGUCAUUCAU